AGCUGUCAAUCCCUUCCUGUUUACGUUUGGCAAAGUGACGUCACGCUAGAACUGAUGAACAAAGUGUUUCGGUAUUGACACAUCUUAUAACGUGAGAAGCAACGCCCUGCUGAUUUGAUAAGAAACUGUAUAUUUGUUCAAUCCCCGUAGCCGCUACUGAGAGGAAGACCCCGCUGUUGGUGCAUCUUCCACGGGAAGCAAGCUAGCCAGCCAGCGUUCUUCGACUUAGCUUUGGGAAGCGAGUAUUUGCUAUAAGUUAUUGGGUUGGAACGAAGUGGCCGCAGAGACUCUGACUUCCUGAUUCAAGCAGCGUCUGGUGUCAUGGAAAACAAAUAUAACCUUAAAAGUCCAGCGGUGAAGAGGCUUAUGAAAGAAGCUGCAGAACUGAGGGAUCCAACGGAGCACUACCAUGCCCAGCCACUGGAAGACAACCUCUUUGAAUGGCACUUUUCUGUACGUGGGCCUCCAGAUUCGGAUUUUGAUGGUGGGGUGUACCAUGGCAGGAUUGUGCUUCCCCCAGAGUACCCUAUGAAGCCUCCCAGCAUCAUUCUACUAACACCAAACGGGAGAUUUGAAGUUGGGAAGAAGAUUUGUUUGAGCAUCUCAGGGCACCACCCAGAGACUUGGCAGCCUUCAUGGAGUAUCCGAACGGCACUAAUAGCUAUAAUUGGAUUCAUGCCAACAAAAGGUGAAGGGGCAAUAGGAUCUCUUGAUUACACCCCAGAAGAGAGAAGGGCCCUUGCCAAAAAGUCCCAGGACUUCUGCUGUGAAGCUUGUGACUGUUCAAUGCGUUCUGCCCUCUUACCGCUGACCUCCAACAGCAACCCCAGUGCUGAAGAUCGCCAGGCCAAGGAACUAGCGCAGCAAAUCAAAUUCAAGGCAGAGUCUAGUUUGGUAACGCAGGCUGGUACCAGCGCAGACAAAGCUUUAACAGUCACCUCUGGAGAUAGCUUCACCUCUGCUGAGCAGCAAACUACAGAAAGGCCCCACGCGGAACAGGCAGAAGUAUCUCCAGCAGCCGGUGUGGAGGACCCUCAGACCCCCGAUGAAAACAGCCCCAUUCGUCCACUUAGUCCUCGACAGCGGCGAGCUCAGCAGCACAGCCGACAGGCCCAGAGAGCUGCCAGAGAGCCAGGAGCUAGCAGAGCGAUGUUUGCCCCAGCACCUCGCCACAAUGAGAGCCACGCAGGCUCUGUAGUCCUCAUCGUUGUUCUCACCCUCGCUUUGGCUGCUCUCAUCUUCCGCAGAAUCUACUUGGCUAAUGAAUACAAGUUUAACUAUGAUCUGUGAUGCUUCCCUUUGCUGCUAUGGUCUCUACAGAACUUUCAGCAGAACUGUGUGGAGGCAGAGCUGAGGCAGUAGCUAACACUGACUCUUGGGGCUUUUCCACUAAAAUGGUUCCAGGACUAAACCAGAACCAGGUAAACCGGUUCUAAUACAAAAUCCAAAUGUAGCUAAGAACUGCUGGUUAUUCACAGCCAAAGAGCCAAAACAAAGCCUCACUAUGAUGCCACAUAGAAAGUGUCUUCCAGGAUGUGCCACCUUCCCUCUGGUGUAUUCUGUGUUUCAGCAGAGGAAUAGAGCGCAGGGAGACAGUUUACCCAGACAGCGUGCCGUUCGUCCCAUUGCCUCUGCAGACAGAUGUCAUACUUUUAGUUUAUUGAGUGUUUUUUGUACAAUGCUUGAUAUUUGGGAGAUGCUUUACAAUGCACACCCUGCUGUGGAAAUCACCUGCAUUCAGAAUACCAGCUGAUGAUAUUUACAUUUUAUAAGCAUGAAAGCUGUAAACCCAUUCUCUUCCUCAUGUUUUGACUUCACAUGGCCAGUAAAGCUUAAAGUUUUUCUUCCUCCUGAUUAACAGUACAAAUACAACAGUAAAUCCUAGAGUUGAAGCAGUGCUUAAAGCAUUUUAGUUGGUUCUUGGUCUCCACGAACCUGCCCCAAACCCCUGAUGAAAGUGGUUCUUGUCCCGGGUCCAGCAUGGAACUUGUGCUGCUGUAGCACCUCUCUCUAUGUGUUGGAUUUAGCCUGUCAGAAGUUGCAGCCAAACCCUAGCUCUGAUUUGGUACUGGAACCAGUUUGCUGGAAACCCCCUUUGUGCUCUCCCACCUCAGCAUCCCCCUACCCUAAGGAGGACUCAUUCCUACAGAGGAGGUGUUACAGUCGUCAACAUAUGACCUUCAGGGUGUCUUUUAAUUACGAUUAAUUUUACUCCUUGCAGCAUUGUGCUUUUUUUUAAAUGGGAAGCUUUUUGUGUUUAUGGAGCUCAUGCCACACACAACAUUUCUCCCACAACUUAUGUAAUUGUUGAAUAUCCAUUGGCUGUAAUAUUCUAUUAAUUAAACUGUAACUGACAGGUCAGAGACAUGCAAAUACAAGAUGUUUCUCUUAGACUCAUUUAAUCUUAAAAUGAUCCACAUGAAGUGCAUGAACUAUAAUGAUUUACUAUGUUCUAAAUUCCUGCCUCACAGGAAUCUGAUUACAUGAUGUCGGACCAAUAAUCUGGGGAAAGUCUUAGUUUUAAAUCUGUAAACUACCGCACGCCUAUUGUUUUAUUCUCUCUCUUUUUUUACAGAUGGGAGUGAGCAGAUAGGAGUAUUACAUAAUCUCAUCUACCACAGACAAUAACCUGUGUGUGUAUGUGUGUUCGCUUUUAAAUCAAAAGCUGCUGAUUUUUAAUUUUGUGAAUUCUUUUGACUAAAUUGAAGCUCUCCCUUCACUCUAAAGAGUAUAUUCAUAUUCAUUUAUACAUGCAAAAUGCUGCACUGUGAUCAUUAUAAUAUCUUUAGAUCAAUAGCAGGGCUGUUAGUACUUUUACUUGACUUCUAGUGCUUUUAAGAACCUGGUUUCUUUGCCAAAGAAUCACCAUCAAGAAGGUGUUCGACUUGAAAGUGAAUGCUCACAAAUGAUUCUAUGAGUUGUCGUUUGAAAAUUAAGGUGUUACCCAGUUAAAUAAAUCCAAUGAUAAAAUGAA